UGCAUACCUAAGGUACCUAGGUACUUAACCUAACAGGUAAUAGAGCUAAGCUAUCCCUGCAAGUGCAACUGUAACACAUGCCACCCGCGAUAACCAAGAUCGGACGCUUUUCGCUUGCUUCGGGAUGAUAUCAUUCUUAAAGUGCCAAGCCAACUAAGGUAAUUGGGGUACAGUGGGGGGCGGACAACCAUUACCUUCCAUAACUCCAAUUUGACUGAUGCUAGAAGGAUCUCGUGUUGACACCGGUAUAUCUGUACCACUUAACAAAACCUGCGAUUUACGUCUUUUAGCAUACGCCUCAGCUCUAGGUUCAUUACCAUGUCUAGAUCCAAAUAUCCUCUACGGGUGGGCUUCGUCUUAGAAUCAUCGCAGGAGCCAUGGCAACAAUCCAGCUUUGGAACAAGAUGCUUCAAAGGCAACUGCAGCAAUGGAAGGACACUGUCAAAUCAAAUCUCCAGAAGAACAAUCUCUGGAAGAGAAUCGUCAAGAAUACCAUAUGUACCACCAUCAAUCUGAUCAUUGGGCUCAUUCCGGCGGUCAUCGCUGUAUACGGCCAGUCGACAUAUCUUGGGGCUAUGGCUUCGGUAUUCGGACACCCUGGGCGACGGUUCGGCCAGUUGACCGAAGCCUUGAUGCUCAUCGUGCUCGGAACCUUCGUCGGCAUCGCAUGGGGCAUCCUUGGCUUAUAUCUCUCUAGUCUUGUUUAUCAUACCAAUAUUCAAGCAGCUUGGGCUAUCAGGGCUAUCUUCUUCACCUUGGCAUUGAUUUUUCAUGGUGUUCUACGUUCUUGGGCACCGAGGUUAUUCGUAUUCGUGUUCUUCUUCCUGCUCAUUAACAUAACCAUCUUAACAAGUGCUUCCACAUCCGUAUCAGCUAGGAUUGUUAAGCAAAUUGGGUACCCCAUUCUUACGGCAGUUGGGGUUAUUAUUCUCAUAAAUAUCACCAUCUUUCCCGAAUUCUCAAGUGGAUUUCUAGGUAGAUCUACGAUAGAAUCCUUAUGCGCCACCAUCGAUUCUUUCCAAGAAGCUGGGGAUUGGUUUAUGUGCGAUACUAGGAAGUCAGGUGGCGGGGAUGCCGAGAAAGAAAAGGAACUUUCAACGAACUUGCGUUCCAGGCUCGUAGCCUUGACCGAGAAGAAAGCAAAAUUAAGGGCUCAGCUCGGCAGUUCUAAGAAAGCUCAAGCAGAGUGCAAUUUCGAGCUUGUGUACUCGGUCCUACCCCCGCGCUCUUUGAAGCCCAUCAGCACGACUCUGAUGUCACGCCUUGUCCAAGUAACUAUCUGUCUUAUUAAUGCCUGUGAGAGCAAGUACGCGCUAGCAGGAUAUAAGGACGAACAGAAUGAGCAGGAUACAUCGGACGAAAGCUCAACGGACGACGAAGACUCCGAAUCAGAAUCCGACUCGGACUCUGACAGCGAGUCCGAAAGCGACAGUAGCGACGACAAAUCAGGACGAGGAACUAAAAAGUCACAAAGGAAAUUCAAAUACGCCCGGAAACUUGAGCUUGUUAAGCCGAUGAGAGAAAUAGAGUCAGGCGACAUUGGAUUCCUUGAGCACAUUCUUAGCCAGAUUCGCGGCCCAACCAAAAGCCUCCAACAACAAACACAGGCCGCACUUCAUGUUAUAAUUUGUGCAUUAGCCUAUUGCUACGACGUGCCGAACCUUCCAUCCGGUGCCCCGGCACCAAACGGUAUUAGUAUGGAAGAAAUCGAUCUUAGAAUCAACAUGUUUGCGGAGGCUUUGACACAGUUUGACCGUGAUUCCGCUGCCGCUCUUGAGCAGGCUGCAUCCAUACAGUACGGCCUAAAAUUACGGAAUGAUAUUACGCCGAAGAUGGAAACCCACUUAAUCUCGACAUUCCUAAUUUGCGUACGGCAUGCAGCUACCCAGAUCAGCGAGAUAUUGAGGUAUUCUAGGGCUCUUGUCGAGAAGAGGCAAGCCCGGCGCGACCGCCGACGGCUCUACUGGCCCAAAAUAUCUUGGAAGAAAUGGCUUACAAGUGGUGGCGAGGAUGACAUAAAUGCUCUUCCAGAAAAUGCGAGGAAGGAGGCGAGAACUGGCCAUGGUAUUAAGGAAGAUACCGAAAGACGCGAUGACGAUACGGAUGACAGUGAAGAACAAUUACUCAGACGUACUGAAGAUGAAGAAACAGGUCACACCGUUUCGAAGCAACCUCCUAUCUCCGAGAAAGGCAAUAUACAGACCCGAAAACGUCCUCAGAGGUCUGAAACUAGUAGGGUCAUGUGGUUGCGUGGCCUGGCUGCUGAUAUAGUCGAGUUUUUUGCCCAGUCCGACGAUUUGGCCUUCGCCCUUAGAAUGUGUGUAGCGGCAUAUACCGUUACAUGGCCGGCAUUUGUGCCAUCGUUGAAUGCAUGGUAUAAUUCUGUCCGUGGGACUUGGGCAUCUCUUCAACUAGUUCUCGUCUUUGAAGUCUCAGUGGGGACGUCAUUUCAAGGCUUCUUUCUUAGAGUUUUUGGAGUUAUCUUUGGCUGUGUCGUCGGUUUCCUCGCUUACGUGAUUGGGCGAGGAAACCGAGUUGUUGCCGUGGUCGUUCUUGUAUUUGGCAUUAUACCCUCAUCUUACAUUCAUCUCGGUACACCGUAUGUCAAAACAGGUAUAAUUGCUAUGGUUAGUAUGUCAGUGGUCGGGCUUGCAACAAUAUUUCACCCCGUGGAAGAUUAUAGAUGGGAGAUAUUCGUUAAGCGAAUGGUAUGCUUCCUCGUCGGUGGGACGAUUGCGCUCCUCUUCUCAAUGUUCUUUUUCCCCGUUCGAGCUCGAGACAGGCUUGUCGAGUCUCUAGCGUCGAGCAUUCAGCAAAUCUCGCAGAUGGAAGCGUCGAUGGCAGUGGGUAUCGAUUCACCCCGAAAUGUUAAUAUCAGAUCCAGCGCGCUCAACGAGAACUUCAAGGAUGCCAAGGAAAAUGCCGAACAGGCUCUUGAUGCGGCCCGCACUUUCUUACCAUUUUGUCUGACGGAGCCAAGAAUUAAAGGCAGUUUUAAAGGGCAAUCGUUAGUUUACGGAGAGAUGAUCUAUGUUUUGUUUCAGAUAAUUGAUCGCAUGGACAAUAUGUUGCAUAUACGACAAGCCUACGGGAGCGGCGUGCUCGAGGAGCUAAAUACAGAGGUGCUGCCUUACCGUCGUAAUGUAGCGGCCAGUAUAAUGCUCACUCUCUUCGCGGUUCAUGAAGCCCUAACGACCCGGCUACCUCUCCCACAAUUCCUUCCAUCUAGCCGUGUGGCACAUUUGCGAUACAUCGCCAGAGUUCGAGAACUCCUACUCGAACGCGAUAUCAGAUCCGCUUAUGACUCCGGUACCCAAACCCCAGCCAGUCUAGCCAAUGGAUCUAUCCCUUCCCAGGCGCACGUCUUAAAAUCCAUGACUCGCCAAAGCUUCCUAGCCUGGAACGCCAGCUCUGCCGGUAAUAUGGAAAUUAUCGAAUAUUUGGAAGAGCUCGUGGAUCUCGCCAAGUUGCUGGUAGGAGUCAAUGCAUUCCGUAGCGGAAUGUUGGAGCGCCCCAAGUUCCACGAGUACGUUAGGAAGAUCAAGGAGCGAGAGAAGAACCGAAACGCGACCCCAGCAGCUUCCGCGGAAGCUGGGGACCAAGAAGCACAGAAGGUUAGAAGUCGGAGCGGCAGCUUUGCGUACAGGAUGCGGGCCUUCACGUUCGGCAGGAUGCGGUCCAACAGCGUCGCUACCGGCACGGGUGCGGGCAUGGGCGACGGGGUUGGAUUGAGACGCCGGUCGAAUAGCGUCUGGGAAGGCGGCGGCCGCGGUGGUGGCGGCGAUAGUGCUGCGGAUCGUGGUAGUGGUGAUCGUGGUGGUCGUGGAGGGGAUGAAGGGCUGGAUGAUUUGCCGGUGAGCUUGCAGCUGGUCAUGACGAAGCGGAUGGAGGAAAGACAGCGCGAGAAACUGGCUAGGCGCAGGAGGGAUGCGGAUGACCCUAAGGGGAAACAUCCCAGGCCGGCGUAGACUUGAGCAUUGUAGCCUGGGUGAGUUGUGGCUCCAUUGGAUAGCAAAGUUCUCCUCUUGCUAGAAAAUUGAGCUCUUGCGAGACCUCAUUAGACAUGGGGUAUCACUGUAGUAUGUAGUGAGUGACA